ACAGCAUUCCAACCCGAGCAGCAGGAGAGUGGCAGGCGAAAAAGCCAACCGUCAGCCCCAGCCCAAAUCCGGCUACCAAUCCCCACGUAAGACAGGAGGAGAGGAGGCCGGCCCAGGUCUGCAAGCAGGGGAGGCGGGACCAGGUACUUCAGGCAUUUCCGAAAAUACAAUGCAAACAAACGGGCUGACAGCUGCGCCUGCUCCCCGGGCCUCGCUGGAGCCUGCUCAGGCCCUGGCAUCGGCGUUGCCAAACCCAUCAGGCCAGGGCAUGGUGCCAGGUUGCCCUCUGCAGAGCCAGAGCCUCUGGGACUGCUGAGGUCACUCGCCUUGUCGAUGCCUGCUGGGAGGAAGGUAGCAGCCCUCCCCCUCUCCUAACCUGCUGCCCCCUCACUGCCCCGAGCCCUAAGGGACCCCCAGAGGCAGCCAGGACUACUCUGCACCUGGCGCUGCAGCUAGGGCAGCUCGGCAGGCAGGUGAGCAGACAGGUAGACAGAUUGCCAGUGAGGGGGGCGGGGUGCUAGAGGCUCUCACAUCCACCGGCUUCUAGACCAGCCCCACAGCCCCCGUCCACCAAAGCUAAUAGCUGGAAACCCGCAAGAGUGACUUUAACGGAAAGCAACAUUUUUGGACAUUUGGCAUCCCUGGGCUCAGAAGCCAAAGUUCCUUCUUCAUUGGGAGACACUGUGGCAGCCCAUGCAUAUGAUGCUAGAGGUAGACCCUCCUAGGAAAGCCCUGGGUUAACUCCAAUCUGCUUAAAACUUUUGAAAGACUGUCCUGCUUGGGACAGUUGUUGGAGGACUGGACCUGAUCUGGCUGUAGCCUUGGGAUGAGUUACAGCCCAGCUUCCCCUCGUGACUUGUACCGAAGCAGCCCCCCUACCCAGGAGCCUGAUCUGGCAACCACCACAGAGGGGGCUGCUUCCGAGAGUACCACCCUCAGUCCCGAAACGACCAGCUUUAAUGGCACCAAAAUUCCAGAUGUGGCCAGCAGUGGGGCCAACAUGGGGACAAUGCUUCUAUCCUUUGGAAUCAUCACUGUGAUUGGCUUGGCUAUGGCGAUGGUUCUGUACAUCAGGAAAAGGAAGAGGUUGGAGAAACUUCGUCACCAGCUUAUGCCCAUGUACAACUUUGACCCUACUGAGGAGCAAGAUGAAUUGGAGCAGGAGUUGCUAGAGCAUGGACGAGAUGCAGCCUCUGCUCAGGCUUCUCAAAACAAGAUCCUGCUGACAAACCAGGGCCCAAUGCAGAGACCCAGCCGACUGGUUUUCACUGAUGUGGCCAACGCCAUCAACGCUUGACUGAUCGGUCCCAGACUUGGGAUGCACAAGGAGGUCAAUGGCCCUCACUGGCCAGCAUUAACUCUUGUCAGCUGGUGGAAGUCCAGAAUUGGCUCUGCUAGGAAUGCUCUCUAUCCAUUCUAUUCCUAGCCUACACAUCGCUGCCUGAUUUGGACAUAAAAUUGGCAUCACAACCCAGCAUGGAGAGAGAUAGUGUCCCCAUGAUAUAGGACAAAAGUGGGGCCUGAGAUGUAUGGGACCUCUCUGCUGGAGGCACCAACCAACUCUAUGAUUCACUGGUUCUCUGUACCUCCCCUUCCCUCUUUUUCUCUCCCCUUCCAACCCUUUCUCCCUAGUCUCCAAGGAAAUCACACCAGGCUAAUACUUGACUUAAACUGAUGAUCACUGGAGUUGGAAUCAAUGAGCACAACAUACUAAAACCUGGGUCAAGUUCAGUGGUCAGCUUUUGUGUGCGCAUGUGGGAGGCCGGACUGGGAGAAGCUGAAGCCAUCAUAUUUACAAAGCCUUUCUGUCUUCUUCUCUCACUUUGUCCCCAGUGUGUUCUCUGUUCAACAAAAGAUAAAGAAGGGGUGGUGGGGGCAAGGAUGGGAUAAAAAACAGGAAUGAGAAAGAAAGGAAGACCUAGGGAUAAAAAAAGAGAGAUGAAGUAAGGAAUCAUUAGGCAGGAAGAGAAACAGUGAAGGAAAGGAGGGGAGAAGAGAUAUGGGGGAAAAAAAACAAAAUGGGAGAGAAAGACUUAGAGAAAUCUAGGCAGGCUCUCAUUUUAGUCCAGACCCAUGUCUGAAAUCCAUGCAUGUUUAAUACAGCUACUUCCAUUUCUCAUGGAAAAGGUCAUUGUUGAAUGUGAGUGGGGUGGGGAGAGGGUUCUGGAGUUUGGGGAGAGGGAAACCAGUGACUGCUGGAAACAUCCUCUCUGCCCCAACUUAGACCUAUUUUCUUUUUCUUUCAAAACCCUUAUUUUCUGUCUUAGAAUCAAUACUGAGUAUUGAUUCCAAGACAGAAAAGCAAUAAAAUCCAGGCCAUUAGGAUUAAGUGACUUGCCAAGGAUUACAUAGCUAGUAAGUGUCUGAAGCCACAUUUGAACCCAGUACCUCCCCUCUCGAGGUGUGGCUCUAUCCAUUCAGCCAUCUUGUUGCCCUUUUAGUCUAAUUUUCAAUAAGGAAAUAAGGCUCCUGAGAUUGCUUAAAAGAUCUACUGUCUUCUGGAAUAUAGAGGUGUAUUUUUGGAGGGGAAAAUACUUGGGACCCUUACUUUUACCCCUGAGGAGUCAAAGAAGGGCUGAGAGAUAUAUGGAGCAAUCAAAAACGCUUAGGACCAUCCAACCACCAAGUCCUGCUGGGUUAGCCUUUGGACUAGACUCAGUUUGGAAGAAAGAGGAUUUUCACCCAGGUCUAGCCUGAUCACCCCAGCUAAUUUAGCUGCAUCAUUAAUAGAUGUCUAGUGGGUGUGCGUGUGCAUGUAUGUGUUUUUAUGUGUGUGCAUAUUAACAUGUAGAAGCUUAUAUCCCUCUGUACUUUUGUGUGUGAAUGUAUGGGUGCAAGGGCAUAUCUGUAUGUUUGCAAAGGCCAGCAGACCAGCCUCUUGUAGUUUUUUUUUUUAACUUCCAAAGUAGACAUUUAAGCCAUCUAAAAUUACCUUCCUCUAUGAUUCUGAUGGUGCUACCCAUGUAAGACAGUUUCCUGACUGACUGGAUUGGGUGGGAGUAAGUAGGUGUCACUUCCUGUUAUCCAAACAGGUCCUGAAACUGGGCUAGGAGGCAUCUAUAGGAUGUAGGGAGUACGAUGAAGAGCAGAGGCCAGCUCAGGUCUACUCUCCAAAGAUCAGUGAUGACAUUUCCUCUUCCCCUCUUCAUGGAGCAAGAAUACUUUCAAGAGGCAAACAUGGCAGCACCACAUUCUCUGCCCAGCUUUCAGUAAAUACUGCUCUACCUAUAGCUGCAGACCCUCAAAAUGAGGAACCUCACAGCUGACCAGGAUUGGGUUGGGGUGAUGCUGAUAGCUUGGAGGGAGGGGGGAAAGGGAGGUUUUUAGAAAAAGGCUCACAAGGCAUCUUGCCUGUCUGUAAGGCUGACCACAUUAUAGCCAGGCCCUGCACUAAGGGAGUGUGGGUAAGUAACUAAGUUCAACCAGUGCAAUUCAGAAAAUAUCCAUUAAACAAUUGCUGCCCUGAAGAGCUCGGUGCUAGGCCUUGAAGGAGAAGUUUAUCAAAGAGUCCCUGUCUUCCAUGGCACUAGAGUGGGGGAAAGACAAACUCUGACAACUAUAAUGGCCUUGAAGAGCUCUGAGCUAGGCCUUGGAAGUCAUACACAGUUUAUUGAAAGGUCCUUGCCCCUCUAAGAUGCUCAGGAUCUAGGAUGGGGAAAAGACAUAAAAACAGAUAAUUAUAAUGUACAAUAUUUUUGACAGGCUCAUUAGAGAGGUUCAAAGUCUUGUGAGGUCCCAGUUCACCCUUAAAGUUAAAAAAGUUUUAUUCCACAUAGUAGAUGCAUAAUAAAUGCUUGUUGAUUGAUUAUAAGUGUCUAAAAUCCUCCUACACCCAUCUAGCCUCUGCUCUUUCCCCCAGCUCCCACAACUGCACAUUUAUUCCAACUAACAGUGUGCUGGGGAAAGAGGGCGUAAAUUUUUCAGCUUUUUUCUGUAGCAAAAAUACUGUCAGGAGCCCUAGGGCCUAGGAAGGCUUUGCUAAGGAACAGUAUUUAUAAAUUCCUACUUUGAGAAACUAUAAAUAUAUUGGCCCUUCAGGAUGCUCUAAGGUCUGUGGAUAAUUUAGUAUUCCCAUUAAGGUAUAAUUUAAUGCUGAAGGUUUCCACAUGUAGGCAUUAAAGAUGCAAUUAAGAUGUUUAUAUGAACUGAAGUGAGAACCCGUUAAGCCCUGUAUGUUUGCAGGGUGGAGUACCCGCAGUGGCACACAGUGGGGAGAAUUCUAGGAUUCAGAGGCAUAGAAUCCAGGAUUAAAUGCCCGGUCUUCAACUGCUACUUGUGUGGGCUUCAAAAAAUUAUUUGUCCUCUUUGGAAUCUUUUGGGAUUAUGGAUCUUGGGCUGCCAAAGUCCUCUCAGGUGCCAUCUAAUUCAAACACUAUUUGAACCUCCCCACCAGGUGGGUGUCCAGAAGCUAUUUCAAGACCUCUAACAAUGGAGAACUCAUUGCCUUAUGAGGAAGUCUAUUUCAUUUUAGGAUAGUGCUAAGUUUUCCUAAUUGUUGAAUUGGAGUCUGCUCUGUAGCUUCUGAAACCCAUUGCUCCUUUGAUAUCCAUCAGAAAAAGUCCAAUCCCCUACUCAGGUUCCUGGGUUUUUCAGGGGGGCAGGCUGACAAAUAUUUUGAGGAAAGCUAUACUGUCCUCCCCUCUUCCUCUUCCACUUCCUAUCCCUACCACAACCAUACCUAAGUCUUCCCAGGCUAAAAAUCUUCAGUUCUUUCAACAUAUCCAAGGAUGGUUUCUAAGCCUCUCUCUGUGGCCUUUCUUCAGACAUUCUCCAUUUUAACAUCUGUCCUAAAAUUUAGCACUCAGGACUACAUUGGAAUGAACUGGUUUUGAUCUGGGCAGAGGAUAGAGUAAAGUCACAGUCUAAAAAUCCUGACUCUGUUAUUUCUUAGCAGUGAAAACUUUGACAGUUCCUAAACCUCUCUAGACCUCAACUGCCCUCUUACUGUGAAUUUGUCAUUUGCUAUUUUCACAACUAGGAGCUAAGUAAGAGAUAGAGAGAUAGAUUAAGAGCCAUGUGACCACCACUGAACAUUGGCUACUACCACUGGUGGUGCCCUAGUUGCCAGAUACAAUGCUACUGACAAUUAAUGGUGACUUGGGGAGAACAUUUUCAGACUUGUAUUGGCAUACUAGACCAAUCUGGAGGUCAGCUACAUGAAUGGUACAGCAAAAUCAGAGCCAGAGGAAGGCCAGACUUGAAGCUAUUGUGAGACUUUAGCAGUUAUGAGGUCUUUGAAAUCUUUGAUUCCUUGGGAUAUGUGCCCAGCAGUGAGAACAUCCCUAGAUCUUUUAGUCACUUUCUUGGCAUCAUUGCAAGAUUAUUGGUGGAGGCAUGAGCUGGUCUAACCAUUCUAGAAAGCAAUGCAUUUUUAAUGUUAUUGAUAAUAUAUUUUGGUUUUUUCAUUGCUUUUAUUUCUCAACACUUUCUUUCCCCCUUUCCCACCCUGAGAACUAUCUCUUCUUACAAGGGAAAAAAGGAGAGGGGGGGGGGAAGUACAUCAGUGAAUCUACCCAUCAACUUAGUUCCAUAGUUUCCUAAGUCUUCAAAGUAAGGAAAGAAAUUACAUCUUCAUAUCACCUUAUCAGGGCCAAGCUUAGUUAUCAUAAUUAUGUGGCAAUCAGUCUCAAUUUCUUUUAUUCUUUCCAUUUCCAUUUUUGUAGUCACCAUUUAUAUAGUUUUCCUGAUUCUUCUUCACUUAUCUUACUUCAUAAAAAUAAUUGCAUGACCCUGGACAAGUCACUUCACCUUUCUAUGACUCAGUUUUCUCAUCUGUAAGAUGAAGAUAACAAUAUCACAUAAGACUGUUGUGAAAAUCAAAUGACACAAAUAAAUUGCUUUGCAAAUUUUA